AUUAUUAUUGCGCACAUUGCCUGAGAUGCAGUUUACAACUGGUGGCUGUGCAUUCGCCUACGUCCUACAGAUAAACUUACCCUCAGAUCUCUGAUUAACAAUGGAAAAUGAAUUUUCAUCUACCGAAAAUGGGGUAGAUUUUUUACAUGGAAAGCUUCUGUCGAAGACAAGCAAUGGAGAAUGUGAAAAACAACCUCUUUUAGUCUCAGACAAAGAUCCUGGCAGAAAACCAAGAUGGUCUACCAGAUACUUUGUGGCUGUGAUGGCAUGCAUUGGAUUCGGCUGUUCCUACGGAAUGAGGGUUAACAUGAGUGUCGCUAUAAUCGCAAUGGCCAACAGUAGUUAUAGCACCGAUUAUAACCUCAACUCAUCAACAGAACUUUGCCCACAACAUGGUGAUUACUAUGGCAACGAAACAAGUGGCGAAAGCAAGGAGGGCGAGUUUCCUUGGGAUGCCCAUACACAGGAGCUCAUUCUGGCGGCUUAUUUUUACGGUUUCGUUCUUCUUCAAGUACCCGCGGGUAUCCUAUCCGACAAAUACCCAAAGUCCUGCCCCUGGAUAUACGGCGUUGGAAUAUUCAUAUCGGCCAUCGGUUCCUUGCUUACACCGCUGGCUGCCUAUCACAGUGUGACUGCGAUAUUCGUCACCCGGUUCAUAUGCGGAUUGGCUGAGAGUGGAUCCUAUCCAUCGAUGUACUCGUUUAUGUCGCGCUGGUCUCCUUCUGCCGAUCGAAGCAUUCUCCUUGCGAUAACUUACUCAGGUCUACCACUCGGCAAUGUUUUGAUUCAACCAAUCUCCGGUGUCUUGGCUGAAUCGUCGUAUGGAUGGCCGUCAUCUUUUUACCUGAUGGGCGUAUUAGGUAUCGUAUGGUUCAUCUUUUGGGCACUUUUCGUCUAUGACUCCCCCAAUUCCCAUCCAAGCAUGAACCCGGAAGAGAAAGCAUACAUCAUCCGUGACCUUGAACUUUGGAAAAAGCCACCCACCUCGUAUCCAUGGUUACACAUCCUCACCUCACCUCCGGUUGCGGCUGUUCUUGUUGCUGAUUUUGCCAUCUUGUGGAUCCUGCAUUCUUUAACAACCAAUCUACCGAUAUUUCUGAGCGAAGCUCUUAGAUUUGACGUUAUUAAAGUUGGGGCCCUUUCAGCAUGUCCGUACGUCGCCCUUUUUAUUCUCUUGUUAGGAGGCGGUUUUCUAGCUGACUUCUUGAUUUCUAAAACCAAUCUUUCUAGAACUCUAAUCAGAAAACUAAUGACCUCUCUAGGACUGGUCUCCUCCGCUGUGUUUAUGGUGGCAUCUGGAUACACAGGCUGUAACGGUGCUGCCACCGUGACGACGCUCUCUCUCGGUCUAGCUUCGACAGGAUUUGUCUACUCUGGAGCGUCCCUCACGCAGAUGGAGUUUGCGGCACCCUACGCUGGAAUGGUAACGGCCAUCACGAACACUUUUGCGAACACGCCUGGGUUUUUGGCGCCGUUGAUCGCGGGUGUUGUCACUGAAAAUCAGGCCGACAUGCUCGGAUGGCGCACGAUGUAUUGGAUCGCUUUUGGAAUCGCCAUCUUUGCCGAGAUAUUCAUUCUUUUCUUCUGCUCCUCCAAACCACAGUCUUGGGCCAUGAUAGGUGAAGAUGGACAGAAAACGAGCGGAUACGACGGAAUAAAGUGAAAUACUGACUUACCUGGCACCCGUAGCUGAAAGAAUGGCAACUAUUGUAACUUUUACCAUUGUUGUUAAUUACCAUGGAAACGGAAAACUUGACUGUGAUUGGCUGCUGAGUCAUGUAAUACCCCGUUCCCUCCGUCAUGUGAUCCGUUACGAACGCCACGAUUGGGCUUUCGUAACUGACCCAUUGUGAAAUUUUUCCUACGAUAUAUACGAUUGCCUCGACUGAUCCGAUACGACCUUAUACGAUCUGAUACGAUCAUUACGAAUACCCCAAGAUUAAAACCACCGUUUCAAUCCGAUUUACGACUGGCCUUUCGUAGCUGAUCGCGAAAAUUUUUGAGUCAUUCAAAAUAUUUUUACGAUCAAUACGAUUGCUACGGUCACCACGAUCAUGGGCGGAAAUCUGUCCCCAAAGGUAGGGGGACCAGGGCCUGGAAAAUUUGACAAGCAAAAAAAAAAAAGGUUUUCACCAAAAAUGUAAGCUCAUUUAAUCCAAAAUACAUGUAUUAUUUCGAUUGUGAAGUGAUGUAUUUUUCCCCAUCAUAAAAUACCAAAAAUAGUAGGGGGACAUUUGAUAUUGUGUCCCCCUGCUAUUUUUGGUAGGGGGGACCCCCCUGGGAUUUCCGCCCAUGAACACGAUUACUCUACAAUUAAGACCACGGUUUCAAUCGUGUCGCGAAUUGUGGCAGUGGGAACUAGGUAUUAGCCGUCCAUUUUAUUACAGUCGAAAUGAUUGCAACGACUGACGUCAAGAUCUGAUACGAUCACUACGCUUACUCUGCGAUCUAGACCACGGUUUCCAUCAUGGCGCGAAUCGUGGCAGUGGGAACUAAGUAUCACGAUGAUAGUUGCCAUCAUGCCAAAGUUGCCACAGUUGAAACAGGCACCUGGGGAGCUUUUUAUCAACAUUUUCUUUCCACAAAAUUUAGUUGUCAGGUCUGACAACUUUCCUUGAUUAUGAUUGGCUGAGAGGCACUGUUACCAUAGUAACUGCCGGAUAAAACAGUACUUGUCGGAUGAAACGUCUGACAGGUCCUUUCAUGAAACACUCCCUUUGUGCUGACAUGUUACUUUUAUUAGGGUAUAUAUCCACUCUUGAAUUAUCUAAAUACAUAAAUGUAAAAAAAGUAGUGGUUAAAACUAUUGCAUUGAAUUCAAAUUCGAUGGAUUCACUUGUUUAUACUAUCAAUAUCAACUCUUAUCGAGGCUACAUUAUGUCGGCCUACUUUUAGAUUCCUUUCAUGAAAAAACAAAUCUUUAAUGGGCAUAUGCUCUAGCGUUUUCUUUUUUUUUAUUCAUAUUCCGGUUGUUUGACCUGGAUUUGUUUUUACAUCCUGUAUUUGUAAUAUUAUUGUUUACCGCCGACGUUCUGAGUGCAUUAAUGGAUUAAAAAGAAGGAGAAGGUAACAAUUACGCAUCAACAUUCAAUUCACUUCCCCUGACUGUCAAUUAUUGCCGCAGCAAUCCAAAUACUGAUUCAAAUAAUGCAUCAUUUUGUGUGCUUGGUAUAGACAUUACGGCAUAGGCGGAUCCAGAGGGGGGGGCCGAGGGGCCCGGGCCCCCCUAUUGGCGGAGC